CAGUAUAGAUAUAAUAUGCACGUAAUAUUAAACAAUAUGAAGCAUAUAGAAAAAAGUAUCAUAUACAAAAUUUUGAUUCCUUGGCUAAAUACUGGACUUCUUACCAGCGGAGGUGCCAAGUGGCACUCACGACGUAAGAUACUGACGCCUGCAUUUCAUUUCAAUGUAUUGCGAAAGUAUGUUGAUGUUUUAAUUGCAGAGGGACAACGCAUGACCAAGACCUUAAAGGAUGUCGGUGGAACUAUUGAAAAGGAUGAAUUAACAUUUGCUUCUGAACAUACGCUGAACGCAAUAUGUGUGAUUAUUACUGGUUGUCCCAGACAUAGACAAAUUGCGUAAGAGCGUUGAACGUAUUGAGGUGAAUAAAACCCCUGUACUAUUUUACAAACAACAUGUACAAAAAAACAACAGCUGCCAUUUAUUUGUAUAUUAGACAACUCUGAAAAAAAAAAGUAGUUUACCAUUUUGCAAAUAAUAUACUUAAUUUUGCGUUGUCGAUUAAAGAAACCUCUACAUAUGGCUAUUUUUCGCACUUAAUUACUUGAAAUUUUGCAUAUUGUUUGCAAAAUAGUAGAAGACUAUCUUAUAAACCUGAGAACGGAUGUGCGUGAUCCGUUUCGUGCUCUACCUUAUAAACCUGAGAACACCGUGGACCACCAAGUC